GUGUGAGCGGACGCCAGCUCUGCCGUAGUAGUUGGUGUUGUUGUUGUGCGCACCUUUUUGAAUGAUGUGUCGACUGUGAAUGAGCGGCAAACACGCGUAACGGCAAUAAAAAAGAAGCAAGAAAUAGUGUGCCUGCCUGAGAAACAGAAGAAGCAAUAAAAUCGUAAUUAUUACCAAUUCGUGUUCGGCGUGUUUAAUGCCACCGUAUGAGAUGCAAAGCAUAAACCAGUUCAGAGUGCAUAAAUAACUGCCGCCCAAAACGCCGGUGUGUGUGUGUGUGUGUGCUCGGUUUACAUUCAAUUAAAAACCCGGCCAAAGUCUCGCAUUAAGGCGGUCAACUAGUUUGUGCGUGCAUGUGUAUGCGUGCGCGCGCGCGUGCGUGUGUGUGUGUGUGUAAACAGCUAAAAGCAAAGGAAUUUAUGUUGCCGCAGCAUCGCAGAGCCAAAAACAGAAAACAAUAGAGCCAAAGGCAAAGCCGAAGACAACGUUGGAAGGAGCCGCCGUCGCCGUCGUCGCCGCAGAGGAUCCAACUCCAGAAGUUGCUCGACCAGUUUCGGCUGUGGGAUAUUUGCGUUUUUUCUCUCUUUAUUGGAUUGGAUACGCGCCAGUCUGAAUGAGUUGCAGGGGGAACAGCUAGCGAUAUGCCCUUUGUACAGCGUAUUGUGCAGCCGGUGAAUGUGGCUCAGGCGACAGCCGCCAGUCUGGGGCAUGCCUCGACGCGAUUCCAGUGCGUGCCCGGCAAGUGCAAGAACAACAAUUGCAUCAACAAACAGUUGCCGGAUGAGACGGACGCCGGCACGCCCACAUCAGCCACAUCGCCCAGCCUGACCCGGGCGCUGGUCCAUGUCCUGCCCAAUGGCGAGUCGGACGCCGAGCCGCGCCCGCCGGCCGCGCUGCCCAUGAAGAAACUCAAGCAGCAUGUUGAAUUUCUGCCCUCGACCACGCCCACAACACCCACACCCACAUCGCCAACGCAAGCGCGUGCCUCCCAGUCGCUGCCGAAUUCGCGCCAUCCCAGCCAGCAGCGCGUGGCGCUGCCCGCACGCAACGCCAGCGCGCCGCAGUCGCCGACGGCGACCAGGAUCGUGUCCGGCUACGAGUUCGACUCGAUCAGCAAUAUAACGCUGAGCAAUGCGCUGCGCCAGCUGGCCAGCCUGGUGCUCAUUGCCAGCGACAUCUUCGACGAGCUGCAGCGGGACUUGCAGUCGGUGGGCGAGCGGGCGGGCCGUGUCCAGCGCAAGAUCACGGCCGUCGAGCGGCGCGUUUGUGCCUACGAUCCGAAAAUGGUCACAGUUCCUGAAAGCGACCUGCUCACAUUUGCACAACGAAAGCAGCACUACGAGUCGGACAAGGCAUUCCAGAAGGAGCUGUUCUCCAGCGAUACGCGACCGCACAGCGUGCGCCAGCUGUACAAGGAGGCGGGCAAGGAGUUGUUGCUCUUGUCCAGCGCAGCCACAACGCCACGUUCCAUAUCCUUCAACGGCGAUAUACAAACGAAUGACGACGUUCUGGAUGGUACAACGGAUGCGUCCUGCAUGGAGGAGUCGCUGCUCUGCUCCGACUCGGACUUUGGCAAUGCCAAUCGCAGGCUGCGCACGCGCAUCGAUGCCGAGAUUGAAAUUCGCUUGCCCGCUGGCAUCGAGGAUUUGCGCAAAUGGACAUCCAGCGAGGCGCUGGGUGAUGUCACCGUCACGCCCGAUUGCAUGCACCACGUGGAAACCUCGAUCUGCACAUCGUUGUCCUUUGGUGAUAAUGGCGUCCUAACGCCCGCACUCUCUCCGUCCGUGCUCUCCGCCGAUGCAGCCGAUGCGCUCUACGCGCUCAACAUUAGCCAAACGGCGGACGGCGCCCAUCAGCAUCACCAUCAUCAUCAUCUCCAGCAGCAGCAGCUGCUGCUACCGAACGAUAUCAAUAAAGAUGUGCCUUUGAAUCAUCGACUGCCUUCACCCGAGGAACAAACCAAAAUAAUUGCCUUAAAAUACCCUGCCGAAGUGAUCUCGGUGAACACAUCCGGCAAGCAUUUCCAGCGGAUGUGCGCCGCUCGCAAAUCCACGACGGGCUGCUAUGCCGGCGGCGCUGGCACUGCCACGCCCAGUAGCGGCAGCCCCGAGGAUAACCAGACGGAGGCCAACAAUCUGGAUGACAACGUGCAGACGGUCAGCAGGCGGUCCAGAUCGCGCAAGGUGCGCGGCAAGCGUCGCAACACCAUAGCGGGCAUCGACCAGAAGGAGAUACAGGAUGCGGCCAAUGGCAAUGCGGAUUCCAAGCAUCCAUCGAAUGCCACAUCGCCAGCGCCCGCGGCAACUGUGGAUACCACAAAGAAAUCCAAGAAAUUCGGACGCAGCAAAUCGAGCGACAUCUUAAAAAAGGAAUCUGUUGCCUUACCCUACGACAAAGGGAAGAGCACGCUGACCCGCCUGAACUCGCUGAAGCAAUGGGGCCGCAAUCGGUUCAAGUUUAUGCAGCGCAAUGGCGAGCUGAGUGGCGUUGGCGAGACGAGCCAGCUGGAUACCAGCGGCUGCAGUUCGCAGAACAGCUCCACGGAGAAGCCGGAACCGAGCCACGGCCAUGGCCAUUCGGUGCCAGCGCCGUCAGCCAACGCUGGGCUCAAGUCCAAGCGCGACGCGACCCGAGACAUUGACGAUGAUUGCGUGGUGCACGAGCUGAUUGCCAAGAAGAGUGAAUCUCGGUUUUCGCACGAACGAAAACCCUCGUAUUCCUCGUCGGAGAAGAGCAUGAGCGUGUCCAGCAGCGGCCAGCUGCGCGGCAAGCUGCAGUUGUCCUCGCUGGCGGCGUCGUCCGCGGCGCACGUCAAGAUGCGUGAAACGGCCACACUGAACCGACAGCGACGCAAUGGGCUACAUCGCCUGGACGCGGCUGGCAAGGAGGAGCAGCCGCACUCGUCGAGCGGUAACUGGAGCGCCAGCUCCGAGUCGGGACGCGCCUCGAUUGGCAGCGAAAUAACCAUGCAGCCGAAGUCAAGCGCCUCGAACACCUCGCUGAAUGUGUCCAGCUUCCAGCCGUGCAGCAGCAGCGGUCCGCCCUCGUCCAUGCUGAGUCGGCGGCGAUUCCUCAACACCUCCGCCUCGAGCAGUGUGACCAGCGAGGGCACCGCCACGCCAGAGCUGCAGGGCGAUGCGGGCGGUUAUCCCAAUCAUCUGGACGAUGAGACCAGUUCCGCAUAUAGCUGCGACACGGAGGGCUACUACACAUCCUUCCACAUGGACAGCGGUCUGCGCACGCUGAAGGAGGAGGAACCGCCGAUGACGCCGCUGCAGCAGAGCCUGCACACCAGCAGCUACUCCUUUGGCAGCCAAUCGAAUCAGACGGUGCUCAAUGCGGAGAACGAAUAUGAGCUAUACGGACGCGGCUCCACAUCGACCACAACCAGCUCCGCGGGCACCGUGUGCACCACAUUGAUGAAUGUGGCCGUCUGCACCGGACCGGAUGUGCCCGAGCGCAGCAGCUCGCUGGGCAAGCACAGCCAGAGCCACAGCAACAGCGCCAGCAGCAGCACCCUGGAGCGCAGCUACAGCAGCAGCACCAUUGGUAGCACUCUGGAGCGAACGGGCACCAUAAAGCGGAAUGUGAAGCUAUCUGCCAAGACGGAGGAUGCAGUGCAGCAACAGCAACAGCAGCAGCAGCAUCAUGCAGAGGAUGGUGCGCCACGCUCGGCGCAGCCGCUGCCCGUCGAUUUGGAGUACUCGGAGUGCUCGGAUUUGGAGGGCGUGGAGCGCAUCGAGCGCAUCAAACAGAAGACGGCAAUCAAUGCGAAGCGCAUACCCUCCAUGUGCAUCAUAACGCCCACCACCAGCGAUGAUGAUGAGCAUCAGUCGCAGGAUGCAGAGCGUACGCUGACCAGCCUGCAGCUGGACGUCGACACUGAAUCGGAUGUGCCCGAGCAGUUGACUCCCACCAACAAAGGCAGCAGCAGCAGCAGCAGCAAGGACCACAACCUGAACGAGCUAAAGCACACACCAACAAAAGCUCUCGGAGGCAUGCUCGAAAAACUGAGAGUCGUGUUGCCGGCGGCCAUCAAAAGGUCGCCAGGCAAAAGCUGCUCACCACCAAAGCCCGCCGCGGCGAGCGCUGUGGAUGACGACAAGCUCUACGACCUGGCGGGCGAGUAUGUGACUAUAGCAGAUAUAAGCAACAACAACAACAAUCGUAACAACAACAACAACAACAGUAGGCAGCACAAUCGCGCCAAAAACAACCUCGCCAUUUACUAUUCCAAUGACAUAGUUAGGAGGGUGGCACCCGACCAGGCAGCGGCGAAUCAACAACAACCCUCGGAGUACGUUUCGCUCAACGAGCUGCCACAGCAUUUGCGUCGGCAUGCGGCAAGCGGCGGCAGCAAGAGCGAAGCCUGCGCAGAGCAGCCAGUUGUCGCAGCUGCUGCUGCUGCCACCCCUGCCGGGGCGGGCGGAUUGAGCGGUGAGAGCGGCGUGCCCAUGUACGCGGAGAUCAGCGAACUGCGCGAGGAAAAGUCGCUCAUCUCGCCGAGCGGCGGGCAGCGUCGGGUGCGCACAACUGCCGAGGGUCGCAUCAUAUACGAUUCGGACAGUCUGAAGCGACGCAAGGGAGCGCACACCACCUUUGCACCUGGGCCGUAUGUGAAGGAAACCGAAAGUGCGCUGCUCAGUGCAACACGAGAAGCCACGGGUGAAAGUGCAACAGCAGCAGCCGCGGCAGCAACAACAAAGAGCGCCAAAUUAUUGUUAUUAAACGGCGGCAUCGCGGCCAAUCGCAAGGUGGCCAAUGUUCGUCCAAUAUUAGCCAAAUCGCCGCUCAGCAAAAUGACCGCCUAUCAGCCGGGCAGCAGCUACCAGGAGCAGAAGCAACUGCUGGCCAACAAUACGAAUCCCUUUUACGAGACAAUUACGACGCCUGUGGCCACAGCCGGCAUGAUGCCCUCGCCCUCCAGUAAAUCGAAUUCAUCCACUGGCUCCACGGCAACCAGUUCAUCAUCGGCCACAACUACCGCCUCGGCCAGCUCUGCGGAAGAAGGGUAUCAACGUUUCUCUAAUAUCUAUGAGCAAGUGCAGCCAGCACCGUUGAAUACACAGGCCACGGAUGCCACACCUUUUCAGCGCAGUGCGCCCGUUUAUUGGACGCUGCAGAACCGGCGAAGCCAGCCGAAGCCGUUGUCCAGCGGCAAUGUAACAUGCCGGGAUGAUCUGUAUGCCACGCCUAUACGACGUGCUGAGCGUGUGGCGCGUGCCGCUGCUGCCAACGCAUCCGCUUCCAAUGCUGCCGCUGCAGCUGAUGGCCGCAGCAAUAUAUCGCCCAUUGUGCCAAGGAUUGGCAGCGGCAACUUUCUGACCUCAACGCCCACGCGGUCGGAGACAAGCGUCUCGGAGAAUAUGCCGCCCAUGAAGCAGCCGGCGCGCAAUUGGAACGACAACUCACCGGAACGACUGAACACAUGCGCGGAUCGCAUUGGUCAGAGCAAGACGACGCUGAUGGACUUCAAGAAGCUGUUGCUGGCCAAGUCCGCUAAGACGAGCCCCGUGCAGCGCAAAGUGUCCGCCGUGGAGCUGCUCAAGAAGUCGACCGCGCCGGCGAGUAAUCCGACUGCGUCAAGCCAAAAGCUGGUCACUGCGACGCCUGGUGCGUCUAAGCCAACGUUGAACUCCAGCUUAAAGCUGCUCGACCUGAGCGGCUCGCCAAAGACCUUUGCCAAUCGCAGAAUGCUUCGCCAGGGCCAAUUCGGCUCACCCUCAAAGACUUUUGCGCCUAAGAUACGCGGCCCUAAUACCGCAGUUGCCUCCGUUGUGCCACGCACGGACAUCAUGACCACCACAAUACCAGAGGCCAACAGCGAUGAGGAUCACUCCAAUAAUAGCGGUGGCUCGCGCGCCGGCUCCGAGGCGGAUGAAACAGCAGCGUGUACUGUAGCCAAUAGCACCAGUCCCAGUUCUGUGGCCGUCUCCAGUUUCGAUUUAAAGCGCAAUUUCUUUCUGCAGACCGAUGAGAAUAACUUUAUGCGCGGUGAGCUGAAGCCCAGCUUUGGCCGGAGUGGCACCGCCCCAGUUGCAGCAAUUAGCGCGGAUAGCAAUAAAUAUGUGAGUGCGCCCACGUCACUGCCAGCAUUCGAGACGGCGCUGUAAGGAGGCAGAGGCAACAAAUGCGGGUCAAACCCGUCGUUGUUUGCCGUAGAGGCAGGGGAUGGCCGUAUCCAUAUACAUAUGCAUACACACAUAAAUACAUAGAUACAUACAUAUACAUAUACAUAUUCCAUAAGGAAACGUAAUUCGAGAAAAGCAAUUGCAUUUGGCGCUUCGCUCACUUCCGCAAACUCAAGAAAGGACGCUGAUAAAACGCAUUUACUUAUCUUAUAUAGAAUGGAACGCAUCUAUGUUCCGAGUCAAAAUCGAUGCUACUUUAUGCAAAAUUUACGUAUACUUAUACAGUUCUAGAUAUAUAAACUAAUUGAUUGCUAUAUACAAAAAAUAUUCAUUAUACAGUAAAUUGUAUUUUUUAAAUUGUGCUGCUUGUAUAGACCGA